AUACUAAGUGAAGAUCAACCUAAUCCCCAUGUGAGAGAAACAUAAGAGAUGACCGGAUCCAUCACCAAUCCAAGUAUCCAACCAGUUUAGCGGUUCACGGAACAAGAACGACGUCACUCUUCCAUCUUAUACACAGUAAAAGAAAAUACAUAUAUAUAUUAUUGGCUGUCGGCGGGUGGGGUAACGUUGCCGCUGGCACGCUGCAGCUUCACAUUCACCUACUUCACCUACUUGUAUAAUUCAAGUUCAACUCUGACCACAAGAUCAACCUAAUCCCAAAUCCCCAGUAAUGUCUUUGUUGGCGUCGGAGAUCGCUCGGAAACUGAAUCUGCUUCCUCAUCCCGAAGGUGGCUUUUACGCAGAAACAUUCCGAGAUCACUCCGUUCAUCUCUCCACCUCUCACCUCCCUCCCGAAUACAAAGUUGAUCGUCCCGUUUCAACUUGCAUAUAUUUUCUGCUUCCUUCUGGUAACAUGUCUCGCCUUCAUCGUAUCCCUUGUUCCGAAACUUGGCAUCAUUACAUCGGAGAACCCAUCACCGUGGUGGAAUUGAAUGAGACAGAUUCAAGUGUUAAGUUUACAUGUGUUGGAUCUGAUCUAGCUAAGGAUCAGACACCGCAAUACACGGUUCCUCCCAAUGUCUGGUUUGGUUCUUUUCCGACCAGUGAUUUCACUGUCUCUGCGGAUGGGUCAUUUUUGAAGGGUCCAGAAAGGGAUGCUGAGAGUCACUACUCACUUGUGGGAUGCACUUGUGCACCUGGUUUUCAGUUCCAGGAUUUUGAACUUGCUAAACGUUCUUACCUCGUUUCACGUUUUCCUCAAUUCGAGACUCUCAUCAAUACUCUCACGUUUCCUGAGUAAUUGAUUGCAUGUAGUUACUCAGUUUAUAGUACCUUUCCAGAAUCGAAUAAUUGUCCAUGUUUACACUUUUUAAUGCUCCUUUGAUGGAAGAAAGUAAAACUGUUAUAUUGUAAUUUUUAUUACAUGCUAAGAAUUUCGAAACCUUGCAGUACUUGUGUGUAUUAUACAAAAAUAAACAUGUAACAUGAAUGAGUUAUUACUUCUGUAUUGGUUGCCUUUUGGUUUACUAGAGAAGAGAAUAGUAUAUUUCCUAUA